ACUAUUCGAUUGUCAGUGUUCCGCGAUUAGUAAAUGGAAAAAUAUGAUUUGAUAAACCAUUGGUUUCCAGGAUGGGCUGUUCGCACGACCAGGAGGACAUAAGCGGGUGUAAGCCCAAGGACACGGACGACAGUUACUUCCUCAUGUCGCCGAUCGUGUACAUCUAUUCAAUCCGAUGGUCGCCCUGCAGCAGGAAAUACGUUACCGAUUUCCUCCAGAGUGGCCUCGGCGAGUGUCUGAACGACGAUCCGAGAAAUCCGCCGGAGAGGUUCAAAUAUCCGAACAUGCUGGCGGGCGCGAUGUAUGACGGCGAUUUUCAGUGCCAAAUGACGUUCCCUGGCUCGCAGCAUUGCCUAAUGAGUCGAUUGUACCAUCAACACUAGGACACCCUAUAGAUAAAUGAUCAACUACGCUCCAAGUCUGCGACAAACUCUGGUGCCAGGUUAACGAGAC